AUACCUAUUUGGUACUUCACCGAUCAAUUAGCUAGUUGUAAGGAUAUGUUAGUAGGUUUAAUUUCAUUCAUAGCCGACUUCUUGCACACCGACAAAGGAAUUAGGGACACACUUGCACCUAAAUCACAUAAAGCUCGUAAAGGUCAAAAUGACCAAUGGUGCAAGGAAUUGAAAAAUCCCUUAGAUUUCUUAGCUUUG